GGAUGUUGAUAUUCUGUUUUGGAGACCACAACCAGAGCUAGCUAGCGAGCCUUCGUCGUUGCCUGAGUUUUUUGUUGUUUGGUUGUUGUCUGACGUUUUUUAAUUGUUUUCAACCAGGGAAGGAUCCACUCCCCAAACGACGGCACCGUGUCUCUCCCGGCGCCUCACCGGGGAAGCGCGAGCCCGAGUCGUGCGAUGAUGGAGGACUUCGACGAGAUCUACGAGGAGGAAGAAGAAGAGGAGGACGAGGAGAGGGCCGCGGAGGAACAGCUGCUAAAGUACGCUCCAGACCCGGUGGUCGUCCGAGGAUCUGGCCACGUCACAGUGUUUGGACUCAGUAACAAGUUUGAGUCAGAGUUCCCAUCGGCACUUACAGGGAAGGUGGCGCCAGAGGAGUUCAAGGCCAGUAUAAACCGUGUUAACGGCUGUCUGAAGAAGACGCUGCCAGUGAAUGUGCGUUGGCUGCUGUGUGGCUGUCUCUGUUGCUGCUGUACACUGGGCUUCAGUCUCUGGCCUGUCAUCUGUCUGAGCAAGAGGACACAGAGAUCCAUGGAGAAGCUGUUGGAUUGGGAGAACAGCAGACUGUACCACAAGCUGUGUUUGCAUUGGAGGCUGAGCAAGAGGAAGUGUGAAACCAACAACAUGAUGGAAUAUGUAAUCCUGAUAGAGUUCUUACCCAAGAUCCCCAUCUUCAGACCGGACUAGCUCUCCGCGGCCCCACCCACAUCCUCCCAUGGUGCAUCUCUUCACUCGGCCCAGUCACCUCUCCAAAAUAGCCUCCUCUUUCCUCCCCUAACCAGGCCCAUACCCCUAAAACUACACCACCAUUUAGUGUUUACUGAACACUAUCUAGCUCCUCUAUCUAGCCCCUCUAUAUACCCAGAAAACACCUGUUUACACCCUAAAGCCCCUUCUCUGAUAUCAACCUUUGACCCCUGAUCUGUUGGAGGAGCUGUGACCUUUUGACCCCCCGGGGUGGCCACGUUGACUGUCAUCGGUCUGUGGGUCAUCAUGGGAGACCCAGCUCAGAAAGGGUGUAACGGUACCAUAGAACUGUGGAACUGGAGAAAGUGGACUCCUAAUUUUGGACCUGCAAUGAUGAACCUCCUCUUCACAGCCCUUCCCUGUACACGAGGCACAAUCUUUACUCAGAUUUAUACCCCCGUAUAUUGUACCCCAACCUGAACUAUGAGACACUCUGUGCUGUUGGAAAAGUUGAUAUUAUACGCUGUUCUAGAACCUCUAUGGAACCGCUGAGGUAACAAUCAAAGGAUUAGCUACGGAACUUCUACAGAAAUUCAAUGGAACUAAUAUAGAACAUUCACAGAACUUCAAUGGAUUAGCAACGGAACAGCUAUGGAACUGACAGAACAUCAUUAGAACAGCUGUGGAACUCCCAACGGAACGUCAUUGGGCUGCCGAGUGGCGCAGCGGUCUAAGACACUGCAUCUCAGUGCAAGAAGCGUCACUGCAGUACCUGGUUCGAAUCCAGGCUGCAUCACAUCCGACCGUGGUUGGG